CAAAAAUCUCAUGGGCAAUCUUGGGUUGUUGUCGGUCAUCCUUUUUUUUUUCUUUUUUUUUUUUCUUCUUCCGUCUUGUGCUUUUAACUCGACCAUCACCACGCCUCUUUUCUCAUCCUUCCUAUGCAUUGGCGUUACUGUGAAACUUGGACACCAAGAAACGAAACGCGUCACAACUAAUCAUGGCACUCGCUGGGGUUGGCCCGCUCCCAACGUCACGCUAUGCCGGUGCUGUAUGCUGUACUACCGCAUCUUUUCAUCGGGCGGGAUUCUCGAUAUUCUAAUGGGCCGCCGAGGACCUGUCUUUGGUGGCAAUACGUCCACUGGCACUUUGGAUUCCCCGCAACUGUCUUCCCAUUAGAACUAGUGUGUCCUCUCGAACGGACUGUCGUUGCCCGACAGGUGCAUCCUUGCCUGCACCAAUACCGGAGAAAGCCAAUCGGGCGAGCGCAAAGGAGAAAAAAAAACCCUUGAUAGAUCGUAUAGGUGGCUCUGGAGCUAGGAACAAAAACGCCCUAGGAACGGUAAGCGAGGCUUAGCAAGGAGCAAACGGGAUCAGCGCCGCCGUCCGUUUCUGAAGGUGGUUUGGGUGAGAGGGAACCUUGGUUUUAACGCCGCGGAUCCCAAAUUCGAUAAUUGUCUUCCAGAACCAAGUUUUGUUAAGACUGAACCUGAUAGUACUCUGGUAGGUGAUAACUGACGAUAUCCUCGGUGUUGUGUUCUUAUAACGAAAAGAUAGAGAAUGAUAUCGAAGGAAAAGGUUUCAAGGUAGCGGGCUGAAUAAAUCUCAGAUUACAAUCAGAUCUUGCCAGCAAUUACUCAGUUUGGCUGCGGGAGUGAUCUGUAAACUAUUUUUCCACAAACAUCGUGCAUCAAUAUGAUGCCCGCUUCAAAGUUGCACCAAGGUGUUUGCAGUUGAGCCUGCAACGCGCUAAUUGCCUGCAACUCAUCUCUGCUUGCACAGCACAGUCACCCACUUCAGCCAGCCAGCCAGCCUUCAAGUCCAUCUCGGCAAACUUCCAAACCAGACUGGAAACACUCAUCAAUCCCACAAGCCUGCCCCAUCAUGGACGACAAAGCUGACAAAACCAAAGAAACCAAGAGGCCGAGCAGCAUGCAGCAGGAGACGAACAUCUCCCGCGAGUCUGGCGAGGCAUUGGAGCUAAAGAGAUCUCGUCUCUGCGACUUGUGGCAGGACGGCACGAUCAGUGACAUUGAAAAGGUGAAGAAUGGAUCGAAGAUUCUAGAGGAACUGCUCAUGGAGCCGACUCUAGACGAGGCCCAGAUACGCGAGAUGUACCGGCUGCUAGCCCAUUCCCUGUUUGUUCAAAACCCCACUCAUCACGCAAAGGUGUCCAUAGUAAUCUUCCAGGCAAUGCUCGCCGAACGUGGACACGAUGAAGUCUCCGCAGAGUUAUCAAAGAUCCUUGACUCUCACCUGCAGUUCCUAGAAACGGAAGCCGGAUCCUCGGCCUUCGACGCCCUUGUCAAUUUGGAGCUGGAGAAUCAGGGCCGGUGAAGGGAGAUCCUCACGGGAAGGGACAGCGAUAAUGCAGAAGAUGCCGGCCAAGAGAACGCUUCCAAGGGUGACGAUGAGCAAGACGUCAAGGGUAGCCGACCCUAUGUCAGGCGAGUGACCGAGAAUCUCGGAAGCUCAAGAACUUCGCUAUCGGUAAAACGAGAGGAUAUCAGCAGCGAUGAAUUGCUUAACUGCAGGCAAGGUUCUUCUCAGCUGCGAUCCUUCGAAUACAUAGAACAUAGCCUGUAGCUAGACUGAUGGGCUAUCCCCACAGGCCUGGAGCAGAGCUAUAUAAUCGACAUCACACUAUUUGCCUUUCGAACGGGCAUCCACGAGUGAGAUUAAGCUAGAUGCGC